CACAGCUUUCAUACACACAAUACAUUAGAGAAGAGAAAUACACAGAUCCAUUCCAUUACUUUGCUUCCAUUUUCCUGCUGCUACUAUUACAUUUUGGCGCAUUUUAGCAUCACCCCCACCAAACCCUAAAAAACCAUUAUCUUUUCCUUUCUCUCUUUGCUUUUCCUUAAACUUUUCUUUUCAAAAUUCUAUAACUUUUCUUUUCCUAACUGGACCUAGCUUCAACAAAUUAAUAAUCAUAUCAAUCAUUUUCUCUCUCUAAAACCCUUUUCAUUUCUCUCUCCAAAACACACCUUCUCAUUUCUUCUUCUCUUUCAGAUCCUCUUGUUUCUUUUUCAGAAACUAACCAAAAACAACUUCUUCAAGAGAAACAGAGUGACCCAAUUAACCAAAGUUUCCAUCUUUAGAUCUGAAUAGAGCUUACUUUAUUUUUAACAAUGGAGACACCUCAUGUUUCUUUCUCUUUCAAAUGAAAGUUUCUUGCUUUCUUCAUUAACUCUUAUAAGGGUUCUAUAAAUUGGUUUCUUUUUUAAGUUUUUUUCUUUCAAAUUAGCACUACCUUGUUGCAUAGAGAGUGAAAAAGGGUCUUUAGAUUUUUGUGAAUGAUGCUUGCCAUUGGGAAUUCUACCACUAGUAUUCAUAUAAACACCACUUGCGCUGCUUUGCUCAGAGAACUUGAGCUAAUAUGGAACGACAUUGGAGAGAGCGAGAUGGACAAAGAUCGAAUGUUGAUGGAGCUGGAGAGGGAAUGCUUAGAUGUUUAUAGGAGAAAAGUUGAUGAGGCUGCCAACACCAAAGCACGCUUUCAUCAAACCGUUGCAGCCAAGGAAGCUGAGAUUGCAACACUAAUGGCUGCACUUGGUGAACAUGAUAUUCACUCUCCGAUUAAGACGGAGAAGAGAUCUGCAUCCUUGAAGGAGAAACUUGCAUCUGUCACACCAUUGGUUGAAGAAUUGAAGAAGAAAAAAGAAGAUAGAUUGAAACAGUUAUCAGACAUUAAAGCUCAAAUUGAAAAGAUAAGUGGAGAAAUUUGUGGAAUCCAUCCUGUCAAUGAUGAUGUGAGCAACACGACAGGUGUCGAAGAACAAGACUUGUCCCUUAGAAGACUUAAUGAAUAUCAAACACAACUUCGUAGUCUUCAAAAGGAAAAGUCCGACCGCCUUCAGAAAGUAUUGCAAUGUGUGAAUGAGGUGCAUUCUCUUUGUGGUGUUCUUGGAUUGGAUUUCGGCCAAACGGUAGAUGAUGUGCAUCCAAGUUUGCAUGGGACUCAAGUGGAACAAUCAACUAAUAUUAGCAAUAGCACGUUGGAAGGUCUCGAGAAGACCAUUCUCAAGUUAAAAGCAGAAAGGAAAGCUAGAAUACAAAAGCUAAAGGAUGUUGUUGCUAACCUAUUUGAACUUUGGAAUUUGAUGGACACAUCAAAAGAAGAGAGAAACUCUUUUCUAAGGAUUACUUCAAUCGCUGCAACAUCAGAAUCACAAAUCACUGAACGGGGUUUCCUCUCAACGGAGAUGAUAGACAAGGCUUCGGCAGAAGUGGAAAGACUUGCGAAACUUAAAGCAAGCAGAAUGAAAGAACUAGUUUUUAAGAAGAGGUCAGAGUUAGAAGAAAUAUGUAGAUUGACUCAUAUUGAGCCUGAUACAAGUACUGUUGCCGAGAAAGCCAGCGCAUUAAUAGAUUCUGGCCUGGUUGAUCCUUGUGAACUAUUAUCUAACAUUGAAGCACAGAUAGUGAAGGCGAAAGAUGAAGCUUUAAGCAGAAGAGAAGUAACAGAUAGGAUUGAUAAGUGGCUUUCGGCUUGUGAAGAGGAAAAUUGGCUCGCCGAAUAUAACCAAGAUGAUACUCGGUACAGUGUUGGGAGAGGUGGUCACAUUAAUUUGAAACGUGCUGAACGAGCUAGAGUAACUAUAACCAAAAUUCCAGCAAUGGUUGACAAUCUUAUAAGCAAAACGCUAGCAUGGGAAGAUGAAAAGAAGACUUGUUUUCUAUACGACGGGGUACGUUUGGUGGAAAUAUUAGAGGAUUAUAAACUGACCAGACAACAGAGAGAAGAAGAUAAGAGACGGCAGAGGGACCAAAAGAAGAUGCAAGAUCUACUCCUAAAUCAAAAGGAAGCUAUAUAUGGGUCUAAACCUAGUCCAAGAAAAACUAACAGCUUCCGAAAGACAAAUGGGUAUCGUGCAAAUGGCAAUGGCAAUGGCAAUGUAUCAAUGCCGCCUACACCGCGCCGGAACUCAGUGAGCGGUGGAACAUCUGAACUACAUACACCUCGUUCCUACUCCAGUCGUCAUAACGGAUACUUCAACGAAAAUAGAAGGUUGUCUACUGCACCUCUGAACUUUGUGGCUAUACCUAAGGAAGAUACAAUGUCAUAUAGUUGCGGUUCGGAACCCGAGUCCCCUCCUCAAGCUUAAGCUCAAUAAAAACAAAAAUGGAAUUGACCAAGAUUUUCUUGUAAACAUUAUUAAUAUCAAGAGCAAACCUUGUGAAUAUGAGAUGGCCAAAUUGUAAACUAGUGUAUGUUGCUUGUAAUAAGCUGAGAUAUAUAUAUACAUGGACAGUGAGUAAUGACUGACAUUUGAGGACAGGAAAUUAGUUGAAGAACAUCAGCUUUGGGAAGUGUUGAUACAAAGUAGGGACAGUUAAGGAGACAGUGAAGAUCAUAGAGGAGUGUUUGACUAUAUGUAUUUGUUGGUUUUGUUUGUGUUUCAGGUGUAUAUAUAUAUGUUUUUUAGUGUGAUGGUCAUCAUUUGUAGUAA